CUUCCAUCCCCCCCUAAACACACAUACACACAAACACACACCCUUUCUUUUUUUUUUGGUUUUGUAAUAAAACCAAAAUAAACCCCAAAAAAAUAAAAAAAUCCAUAUUUUUGGGGAAAAAAAAAGGUUUAAAUUUUUGAAAUUUCAUUUCGGAUCUAACUUCUCGAUCUUAUUUUCGAUCCGGCUGAGAAGUGCUUUCUUUUUCUCGGCAUUGCCAUUUUCCGAGAUCAGAUCGGCAGGGUGUUAGAAUUUUUUAUCUGUGUAGAUAUUAUAUAUAAGAAUUUUGAAGGAAAAAAAAAAUAGUUUGAAAAAUGUCGGAGGAAGAGAAAUUGUUGAAGGAGGCGAAGAAACUUCCAUGGGAGGAUCGGUUAUUUCACAAGAACUGGAAGGUUAGGAACGAGGCUAACAUUGACUUGGCUUCCGUCUGCGACUCUAUCACCGAUCCCAAAGACGGUCGGCUUCGUGAAUUUGGUCCCUUUUUUAGGAAGACGGUGGCAGAUUCCAAUGCGCCGGUGCAAGAGAAGGCGCUUGAUGCAUUAAUUGCCUAUUUACGAGCCGCCGAUGCUGAUGCUGGGAGGUAUGCCAAGGAAGUAUGUGAUGCGGUAGUGGCGAAAUGCCUCACGGGUAGGCCCAAGACUGUGGAGAAGGCUCAAGCUAUUUUUUUGCUAUGGGUUGAAUUGGAGGCUGUUGAAGCUUUCUUGGAUGCAAUGGAGAAAGCUAUAAAAAACAAAGUUGCCAAAGCUGUUGUGCCUGCAGUUGAUGUUAUGUUCCAAGCUUUAAGUGAAUUUGGGUCCAAAAUCCUUCCUCCAAAGAGGAUUUUGAAGAUGCUUCCUGAACUUUUUGAUCACCAAGAUCAAAAUGUACGUGCAUGUUCUAAAGGACUUACCCUUGAGCUUUGCCGUUGGAUAGGGAAAGACCCUGUAAAAUCAAUACUGUUUGAGAAGAUGCGUGACACAAUGAAAAAAGAGUUGGAGGCUGAGCUCGUCAAUGUAACAGGGACAGCCAGGCCAACUCGCAAAAUAAGGUCUGAACAAGACAAGGAGCCGGAAAAGGAAGUCAUGUCUGAAGCUGUUGGUGCGGGCCCUUCUGAAGAAUCAACAGAUGAUGCUCCUCAGGAAAUAGACGAGUAUGAGCUUAUUGAUCCUGUUGAUAUAUUGACUCCUUUGGAGAAGACUGGAUUCUGGGAUGGAGUGAAAGCCACAAAGUGGUCAGAACGUAAAGAGGCUGUUGCAGAGCUAACUAAACUUGCUUCAACAAAAAAGAUAGCACCUGGUGACUUCACUGAAAUAUGUCGGACAUUAAAGAAGCUUAUAACAGAUGUGAACAUUGCAGUGGCAGUUGAAGCUGUCCAAGCUAUUGGCAAUCUUGCCCGGGGUCUAAGAACUCAUUUCUCCGGGGGCUCACGCUUCUUAUUGCCAGUUUUACUUGAAAAAUUGAAAGAGAAAAAACCUGCUUUGGCCGAGGCACUAACUCAAACACUUCAAGCAAUGCAUAAGGCUGGUUGUUUAAGUCUUGUUGAUAUUGUUGAAGAUGUUAGAACGGCAGUGAAAAAUAAAGUUCCUCUUGUGCGUUCUUUAACUUUGAACUGGAUAACAUUUUGUAUUGAAACAAGUAACAAGGCCAUUGUUUUGAAAGUGCACAAGGAUUAUGUUCCUAUCCUUAUGGAGUGCCUCAAUGAUGGGACCCCUGAAGUGAGAGAUGCAGCCUUUUCAGCUCUGGCAGCGAUAGCUAAGUUGGUUGGUAUGAGACCUUUAGAGAGGUCAUUAGAGAAACUUGAUGAUGUGAGAAGAAAAAAGCUAUCUGACAUGAUUAUGGGUUCUGAAGGUGGUACAUCUACCGGUACAACUACAAGCUCAGCUGCAGUCCAAACUUCUGGUGUGGCUGUGCCCUCUUCGGAGACUUCAGAAGUUUCAUUUGUUAGAAGGUCAGCAGCAAGCAUGCUUAGUGGAAAAAGACCGGUUCAAGCCGCUCCUGCCAACAAAAAAGCAGGUUCUGUUAAAACAGGUGCAACCAAGAAAGGAGAAGCACCUGUACAACAGAAAACUUCUAAAUCUGUUGAACAACCAGAAGAUGUUGAGCCAGCAGAAAUGAGUCUUGAAGAGAUUGAAAGCAGAUUAGGUUCUCUUAUACAGGCGGAUACCAUUUCCCAAUUGAAGAGCACUGCAUGGAAAGAACGGCUUGAAGCUAUAUCUUCAUUUAAACAACAAGUGGAAGGUCUGCAGGGCCUUGACCAGUCAGUUGAGUUAUUGAUUCGAUUACUAUGUGCUGUCCCUGGUUGGAGUGAGAAAAAUGUUCAGGUUCAACAACAGGUUAUUGAAGUUGUUACGUACAUAGCCUCUACUGCAACAAAAUUCCCUAAGAAGUGUGUUGUGCUUUGCCUUCUGGGUAUAAGUGAGCGGGUUGCAGAUAUUAAGACCCGUAUUCAUGCCAUGAAGUGCCUCACUACUUUGUCUGAAGCUGUAGGCCCGGGCUUUAUUUUUGAUAGACUAUACAAAAUCAUGAAAGAGCACAAGAAUCCUAAGGUUCUAAGUGAGGGUCUAUCAUGGAUGGUUUCAGCAGUAGAAGACUUUGGCAUCUCUCAUUUGAAACUUAAGGAUUUGAUUGACUUUUGUAAAGAGACUGGACUGCAAUCUAGUGCAGCUGCGACUCGAAAUGCAACUAUCAAGCUUUUGGGUGCUUUACAUAAAUUUGUUGGUCCAGACAUUAAAGGGUUUCUUGCUGAUGUCAAACCUGCACUGCUUAGUGCACUGGAUGCUGAGUAUGAAAAAAAUCCAUUUGAGGGGGUUUCAGCUGUUCCAAAGAAAACAGUUCGGGCUACAGAAACUACAUCAUCAGUCUCUGCUGGUGGGCUGGAUGGCCUGCCACGUGAAGAUGUUAGUGGAAAGAUAACACCUGCUCUGCUGAAAGGCUUGGAAAGUCCAGAUUGGAAGGUUCGAUUGGAGUCAAUUGAAGCUGUGAAUAAAAUCUUGGAAGAGGCUAAUAAGCGCAUCCAACCAAAUGGAACUGUUGAGUUAUUUGGAGCCUUAAAGGGGCGUCUCUAUGACAGCAACAAAAAUUUAGUCAUGGCGACUUUGACAACUAUUGGUAAUGUUGCAUCUGCAAUGGGAGCAGCUGUUGAGAAGUCUAGCAAGGGAAUUCUAUCAGAUGUUUUGAAAUGUCUGGGCGACAAUAAGAAGCAUAUGAGAGAAUGCACUUUGGCUACUUUAGAUUCGUGGCUUUCUGCUGUACAUCUUGAUAAAAUGGUUCCUUAUAUUGCGGCAGCUUUGACAGACACCAAGCUUGGCGCAGAAGGGCGUAAGGAUCUUUUUGAGUGGUUGUCGAGGCAACUUUCUGGAUUAAGUGAUUUUUCUGAUGCUGUACAUCUGCUGAAACCAGCUUCCUCUGCUAUGACGGAUAAAUCCUCUGACGUUCGUAAAGCAGCGGAGAUGUGCAUUAUAGAAAUCUUGAGAGUUAGUGCGCAAGAAACUGUUGAGAAGAUGGUAAAAGAUAUUCACGGGCCAGCUUUAACUCUUGUUGUUGAACGGUUGAAGCCUUAUGGGGCUUUUCAAGAAUCCUUGGAAUCCACCAAAGCUACUGCAAUGGGCCCUACAUCCAGAAGCGUUCCAAAGGGGGGGAAGUCAGCUGCUUCCAAUGGUGUCUUGAAGCAUGGAAACAAAGCUGUAUCUUCGAGAAUCACUGCAACAAGGGCAUCAAGGCCAGAAUUGAUAAUGUCUGUUCAAGAUAUAGCUAUCCAAUCCCAGGCUUUGAUUAAUGUUAAAGACUCAAAUAAGGACGACAGAGAAAGAAUGGUAGUUCGGAGAUUUAAGUUUGAAGAGCCACGGAUAGAACAAAUCCAAGAUCUUGAGAAUGAUAUGAUGAGAUACUUCAGAGAGGAUUUGCAUAGACGACUUUUAAGCACAGAUUUUAAAAAGCAAGUUGAUGGGCUUGAGAUGCUGCAGAAGGCACUGCCUUCAACUGGAAAGGAAAUUGUUGAAGUUUUGGAUAUACUACUGAAGUGGUUUGUUUUACAAUUCUGUAAAUCAAACACAACAUGCUUGUUGAAGGUGCUGGAAUUUCUUCCUGAACUUUUUGACACCUUGAGGGAUGAGGGACACUCUUUGUCUGAAUCAGAAGCAGCCAUAUUUUUUCCAUGCUUGAUAGAGAAGCUGGGCCAUAACAUCGAGAAAGUAAGAGAAAAGAUGCGGGAGUUGACCAAACAAAUUGUUCAGACAUAUUCAGCUGCAAAGAGUUUUCCGUAUAUUUUGGAGGGUUUGCGUUCUAAAAACAACCGUACUCGAAUUGAGUGUGCUGAUCUUGUUGGAUACUUAAUUGAUCAUCAUGGUGCUGAGAUUAGUGGACAAUUAAAAUCCUUGCAAAUUGUUGCAAGCUUGACUGCAGAGAGAGAUGGUGAGACUAGAAAAGCUGCUUUAAAUGCACUAGCCACUGGUUAUAAGAUUCUUGGCGAGGACAUAUGGAGAUAUGUUGGAAAACUAACUGAUGCACAAAAAAGCAUGUUAGAUGAUAGGUUUAAGUGGAAGGUGAGAGAGAUGGAGAAAAGGAAAGAAGGGAAGCCUGGUGAAGCUAGAGCGGCAUUGAGGCGUUCUGUUAGGGAAAUUGGGUCUGAAAUUGCAGAGCAGAGUGGAGAGGUCAUUCGAUCUGUCUCUGGCCCCAUCCUUGCCAGGAAGAAUUAUGGACAUCCUGAGCUCCAUAUGGAUAGACAACUGAUGCCUCGUGUCCUUGCUGGUGGCAGUGGUCCUACCGAUUGGAAUGAAGCUCUUGAUAUUAUUUCCUUUGGUUCUCCUGAGCAGUCUGUCGAGGGAAUGAAGGUUGUAUGUCAUGAGUUGGCACAGGCCACCAGUGAUCCGGAAGGCAGUGCAAUGGAUGAACUUGUGAAGGAUGCAGAUAGACUUGUCUCAUGCUUGGCAAAUAAGGUAGCCAAGACUUUUGAUUUCAGUUUGACUGGAGCAUCAUCUAGGUCGUGUAAAUAUGUCUUAAACACCCUCAUGCAGACCUUUCAAAACAAGAGACUUGCUUAUGCUGUCAAGGAGAGUACUCUUGACAGUCUAAUUACUGAGCUCCUGCUAUGGCUUUUGGAUGAAAGGGUUCCCCAUAUGGAUGAUGGCAGCCAGCUUCUGAAAGCUUUGAAUGUCUUAAUGCUAAAGAUUCUAGAUAAUGCAGAUCGAACAUCCUCCUUUGUUGUACUCAUUAAUCUCUUACGUCCAUUAGAUCCCUCAAGAUGGCCGUCACCUGCAACAAAUGAGACCUUUGCUGUCAGAAAUCAGAAGUUCUCUGAUCUGGUUGUUAAAUGUUUAAUCAAGCUUACAAAGGUUCUUCAAAGUACUAUAUACGAGGUUGAUCUUGAUCGCAUCCUUCAAAGCAUACAUUUGUACCUGCAAGACUUGGGGAUGGAAGAAAUUAGAAGACGAGCUGGUGCUGAUGACAAACCAUUGCGCAUGGUAAAAACUGUUCUACAUGAACUUGUGAAACUACGUGGAGCCGCGAUUAAAGGUCACCUUUCUAUGGUUCCUAUAGACAUGAAACCUCAGCCGAUUAUCCUUGCCUACAUUGAUCUAAAUCUUGAGACUUUAGCUGCGGCAAGAAUGUUAACAUCUACUGGGCCAGGCGGCCAAACUCAUUGGGGUGACUCUGCGGCCAACAAUACAUCAUCUGCCACACAUUCUGCUGACGCACAAUUGAAGCAAGAACUUGCUGCCAUAUUCAAGAAAAUUGGUGACAAGCAGACAUGCACAAUUGGUCUAUAUGAACUGUAUCGUAUAACUCAACUAUACCCAAAAGUUGAUAUAUUUUCUCAGCUCCAAAAUGCUAGUGAGGCUUUUCGCACAUAUAUCAGAGAUGGUUUAGCUCAGAUGGAGAAGAAUGCAGCUGCUGGAAGGACACCUUCAAGUUUGCCAUUGUCAACCCCUCCUCCAUCUUCCUUAAGUAUUUCUUCCCCAGAAUUUGCACCCCUGUCCCCUGUACAUACUAAUUCUUUAAACGAUGCAAAAUCAUUGAAUAUGAAAUCCGAACCCACUAACUUUAAUCUACCGCCAUCAUUUACUGAAGACAAUAGAGCAAGUAAUGUUGUAACUUCUAGAGGCCUGACUACAGAGAACUCAAUGGUUGACCAAAGAAAUGAGAGAUAUAUUAGUGGAGUAACUGGUGGGACUUUAGACGCAAUUAGAGAGAGGAUGAAGAACAUGCAAUUAGCAGCAGCUGCUGGGAACUUGGAUACGGAAAGUAGGUCAUUAAUGUACAUGAAUGACAAUAUAAACCAAGGACUCUCCGUCCAGAUUCAUCGUGCAACAGAAAAUGCGAAUGUUGAAAAUCCCAUUCAAAGUGGGGUCCUCCCUAUGGAUGAGAAGGCAUUAUCUGGCCUUCAGGCCCGGAUGGAGAGACUCAAAAGUGGGACCAUUGAGCCAAUGUAGAGAGGAUGAAUUGCACGACUGAGGUGAUUUUCAAGUAUCUUAUUCUCAUCCUGUAAGCAGUUGCUAUUCUUAUAAAUGGAAUGGGAGUAGUUAUCAGUGCAAUCCAAUUCAGUUGCCGUUCCGGUAGAAGCCUCUUGUGUUCGUUGUAUAAUAAAUCAAUAUGGAAAUUAUAUUGUCCUUUUGACGUUGUGCCAGAGUUUUGGGGGGAAAAAAAAAAAGAAAAAAAAAAAAUAGCACUUUCAUGUGCUAGCGGUUUUAAUGACAAACUUAAAUUGCGUGUUGAGCAAUUUGGUUAUUGUAUAUUGUAGCAGCAUUAACCUUUUUGGGUAUAUAUGCUUUUGUUUCUUUAAUUUUCUACAGCUGUAAACUACAUUUUUAGAGCCAUUCGAUAUCUACAUUACUGUUGUGUAUUUGGAGUGAAAGUUUUAGAUAUAGACCUUUAUUCUUUC